UAUAUGCCUACCUACGUCAGCUGAGAAGAAAAUGAAAUUGUUUUUAUUGUUUAAAUUUAUAUAAAUAAACAUUACUAUUAAUCAAUUAAAUGUAAUUUUUGAUUUACGGAUCAUUUCAUUACAUUCUAAUGGAUAAGUACGAUACAUCACAGUUGACCGAAUUUCCUCGCUUUGAGCCAGAAUCAAAUCAGAGUGGUGUGUCUACAUUUUUUAACAAAUUAUGGAAAUUUCCUAUAUUUUCACCAAAUGAUACUGGUGAGAAUCUUCAGGAUAAACCUACAUCUGAUGCGAAACAGGAUGGUUCACAAUCAGACGGUCAGAGUAAACGGGAUGGUGAUGAUACGAAGACGGAAACUGGUAGUUAUGCCGUGGAAUUAGAAGGCCGUAGUUUGGCUAAUGUUUUAAAAAGAAUAAGCAGUCUUGUUGCAUUAGGAUCUGGGGGUGGCACGAGAUAUGCAGACACAGAGCUCGCCCGCUACUGGAUGCCGGAUGAUAUUUCCCGCGAGUGCUACGAGUGUGCGGCGCGGUUCAGCACUCUACGCCGUCGCCAUCACUGCCGCGUGUGUGGCCAGAUAUUCUGCUCCAGAUGCUGCAGCCAGAGAGUGCCAGGACAAAUUUUCGGUUGCGCGGACGGACUUCGUGUUUGCAACUACUGUUGUAAUGUGGUGCUGAGUUAUUUGAAAGAGAACGACAUGACUGGCGAUAUAUCACCGGACCUGAGGGUGUUACAGGAGAAUUUGCAGGUGAAAUUCCCUGACAACAAAUCCACUUCGUCGGCCAACAUGGGUCGGGACAACUUCAUGUUCUCGCGCGACCAAGAGGAACGCUGCGAGGUGCGCGCCACGCCCAGCGAGACUAUACAGGAUGUUUAUCGACAGCUCUCAUUCACUUUGCCCACACAGCAGCACAGAUAUCGCCUUGUAAGGUACAACGGGGUAUGGCGCGGAUGCGACAUACUGCAGUGGGUCAUGGAUAACACCAGUAAUAAAACAAGGGUGCAGGCGACGCAGGUGUGCCAGGCGCUGGUGGCGGGCGGCCACGUGGAGUGCGUGGCGGACCUGCCGCACUUCGCGGACUACGCGCUCUACCGGCCCACCGCGCCGCCGCCGCCGCUCGCCCUGCACCACCACCAGCACCACCAGCACCACCAGCACCGGCAGCCCUCGCCGGAAGAUUCGAGUCGCCUUGUGGAGAGUACGUCGUCGUACUGCCUCGACUUGAAUCUCGACAACAGUUCCGCGAGACUAAUCAAAGCUCCCAGAACAGAAGUCCAAUCUUCGCCGUCCAGUGAAGAAGAUAACCCAGUAUUAGAGCAAAGUGAAGGUGAUACAGAGUCGAGCAAGUUGUGCAAAGCUAUAGAGGAGUCCGGCGAGGACCACCUGCGGCUGCUGAUGCGGCAGUGCGUGGCGCGCGAGGGCCUGGCGCCGUCGUGGGCCGACGUGCUGUACCCGCUGUGUCAGCGCGCUGCCGAAAUCAUCACGCUUGACAUGAGCAGUAACGACAUGGACGUGCGCAACUACGUGCAGGUGAAGAAGGUGCCCGGCGGCGAACCGCGCGACUCGCACCUCGUGCACGGCGUCGUGCUCACCAAGAACGUCGCGCACAGAGGCAUGCCCCAAGAGAUAAACAAUCCUACGGUGCUUCUGUUAGACUGCUCAAUUGCGUAUCAGCGGGUCGAGGGCAAGCUCACUUCGCUAGAGCCGGUCUUAUUGCAGGAGCAGCAGUACCUGGUGCGGUGCGCGGCGCGCAUCUGCGCGCUGCGGCCGCGCGUGGUGCUGGUGCGCGGCGCGGCGGCGCGCGGCGUGCAGGACGCGCUGCGCGGCGCGGGCGUGGCGCUGGCGGCGCGCGUGCCCGAGCGCGCGCUGCGCCGCCUGGCGCGUGCCGCGCGCGCAGACCGCGUCGCCUCCGUCGACGCGCGCAUCGCCGCGCCGCGCCUCGGCACCGCGCGCCGCUUCCGCGUGCGCGCCUAUGAUAGCAAAACCCUAAUGAUUCUGGAAGGCUGUGCAGAACCUCACCUAGGCUGCUGCAUUCUUCUCCGCGGGGGUUCUUUACAAGAAUUAAUCAGAGUGAAGAAAGUAACGAAAUUCAUGCUCCUAGCAUGCUAUAACUGGAAAUUAGAGAAAGCAUUCCUCGCAGACAUAGAAGCCACACUACCCGAACCCGGAAUGACAUUUGACGACGAUGCAGACACAAAUUCUAAUGACAAAAAUGAUUUUACGAAAAGUAAAAAUGACAAAGACGAAGCCACUGCAGUGAAUAAUGAUAUAUUUAGCACUGAUGAUACACAACCUAAUAUUGACGUUAAUGAAUCUUCUGUUAAUGAUUUAACUGAUAAUGACACUGAAAAGUCGGAUGUGAAUAAAAUCUCUAGUGGCAAUGACUCAAACAGUAAUGAAAAUAAUGAUUCUAACAAAAAAAUUGUCAGUGAUAAUGAUGCAAAUAGUAAUGAUAAUGAUUCGAAUAAAUCGAAGUUUCGAGAAUUUGAUGAUCCAUUGCAAAGAGCUAAAACGUACGCUCGUAAGACUGACAGUGAGAAGACAUUUAGUGGCGUACCAAUACAAGAUUUCAGUGAUCCAUUGCAUUCAACUUUGUCUGUAGACGACGAUGUGUUUCUACCGAAGGAGGAGGCCAAGUUGAAGGCUGAUAAUCACACUGAUAGGUGGUCGACGGACGACGUGGUGCUGUCGAUGUCGCCCAACGUGGUGAUCCCGGCGCCGUACCUGGCCACGGAGGCGGGGCGGCGUUGCGGGCUGCGCCAGUACCUGCGCGACGCGCUGCACGCGGCCGCGCCCGCGCCGCGCCCCGCCACGCCGCGCGCGCGCCGCGUGCCACACGCGCCGCAACAUGCGCACGCGCACGCCCACGCCCACGCGCGCCCGCCCACGCUGCUCACGGAGCCACACCCGUUCAUCCGAGAUCCUAUAACUGCGUCAGCAGACGAUCCCGCAGUGAAGGCAGCUCUCGCAAACUACAGGGCGACCGGCUGUAGGCUGGUUUAUAACGGACAUAAGACCGAGUGUCCUUUAUACGAGCCAAGUGUUGUGAAGAAAGCAUCCAAAGAGUUGGAAGUGGAAACGAAGGAAAAGCAGAAUGAGAGCGAGCCCCUCGACCCACUGGCCCCGGAGAACCACCAGCGGAUCAGCCUGCUGCUGUACAGUUACAGCAACAAGUCGGCCAAUGUACCAGACUUCUGUGUCAAUCCCUGGAUCGUCACAAUGGAUAUGUACGGACGCCACGACAUAUCUUUGGGCGCAUUCCUGCAGAAGUACUGCUUCAAUCCGGACUACAAGUGUCCCUCCAGCAACUGUCAGGUGCCGAUGAACCAGCACGUACGGAAAUUCGUGCACGACGAUGUGUGUAUCACAAUCACGUGUAACACAAUCGGACACAGUAACGUGGAUAAAACGAAAGAAGAGUCCAAUAAACAGGUGUCGUUCUGGUCGCGGUGCGGCGCGUGCGGCGCGGCGCGCGGGGCGCGGGCGAUGUCGCGCGCGGCGCUGUCGCUGUCGCUGGCCGCGUACGUGCGCGCGCGCGCCGCCGCGCCGCGCUACGUGCGCGCGCGCCUCUGCGCGCACCCGCUGCACGCGCACGCGCACGCCUUCGUCGCCGGCCUCACCACCGCCUGCUUCCGAUACAGUAAAAUAGAACCCUACGAUAUACAGCUGCCACCCGAAGUGAUAUACACAAACUACGACACUAAACAAAUGCGGGAUGCGCUUAUACAGCAAUUGAACGACCUUAUGCUUAAAGGUCACGAGACAUUCAGCUGCUUGACCGACAGCGAGGCGGAGAAGGAGUACCAGUCGUUCAAGCAGCACACGGACCAGAUCCACUUAGCGCUUACUUCCGCACAGCUGCAGGAGCACACCUCGCCCGCUGCGGUGGUGCACAGCCUGUGGGCAGCGUCGGACCGGUUGGUGUGCGGCGAGAAGAUGCUGCGGGACGCGCAAGACAAGUGGGCCGCCGCGCUCGCCAAGUCCGCCAAGGCGCACUCCGAUAACGCUCCCGUCGAAGAUAAGUCUGAUCUGGAAGAUUCCAUCAGCGAAGGAGGUACAGAAAGCUCAGGAACAACUUACACCUUCACCGAUAACAAUACUAAGGAGGCGGAGAAAGAUCACGCGGGCACCGAAGAAGACGAAGAGAAAGGCGACAAGAAAACAGUGAAGCAGAUAUUGUCACAACUGUUGUCGAGCAACCAACCGUCGCAACAGGGCGGCAUGAUAAUCUCGAGCGGGCUGGUGCCGGUGGUGGUGCAGGCGGGAGACAUCGGCUCCGUCAUCGCCGCCACGCUCGCCUCGCGCGCCUACCUGCGGGCGGCGGCUACCGCUACCGCCACCUCUACCGCUGCCACUACCGCCGCCAACUCUACCGCUGCUGCCGCCGCGCCCUCUAGACACAGUACUCAGGCGGAACUGGACGACGCGGACAACAAGGACAACAAUAGCGCUGCGGGUAAAGAGAAAACGGACGGCGACAAGAAUAAGCAAGCCAAAUCCAAUGACCACUUCGAGGUUUUGCUAAAGGAUGGCCUCCUGUGCCGCGUGUACUACGCGCCGCAGUUCCACAAGCUGCGCCACAUGCUGCUGGCGCCGCUCAGCGCCAACCCGCACAUCGCGGACGAGUUCGCCCGCCGCGGGCAGCCGCCGCCCGCCGGCGGACGCUGCAGCUGCGAGGACGGCAGAGACAAGGCCGACAACCGCAGCGUGUGUGAGGUGGAGGAGGGGUUCGUGCGGUCGCUGGCGCGCUGCGUGCCGUGGGCGGCGCGCGGCGGCAAGUCCGGCUCCACCUUCUGCAAGACGCACGAUGACAGAUACGUGUUGAAAGAGAUGACGAAGCCGGAGUGGCAGCAGUUCCUCGAGUUCGCGCCGCACUACUUCAACUACGUGACCAACUGCCACCAGAACAAGCUGCCCAGUCUGCUCGCUCGCAUCCUGGGCGUGUACAGCGUGGGCGGCGCUGGCGGCGUGCUGGUGAUGGAGAACGUGUGGUACGGCUGCGGGCCCGACACCAAGCGCUUCGACCUCAAGGGCUCCAGCCGCCACCGCCUCGCCGCCGACACGCAGCCGCUCUCCGUCCUCAUGGACGAGAACCUGCUCAACCUGCGCUGGCAGCGGCAGCUGUUCGUGCAGUCGGCGGCGGCGCGCGUGGUAUGGGCGGGCGUGGAGCGCGACUGCGGCUUCCUGGCGGCGCGCGCCGUCAUGGACUACUCGCUGCUGCUCGGCCUGCAGCCGCGCACGCUCGUGCUCGGCGUCAUAGACUAUAUCCGCACGUUCACAUGGGACAAGAAGCUGGAGCACCUGGUGAAGAAGAACUUGGGCGCCGGGCAGCCGACCGUGGUGUCUCCCGAGGAGUACAAGCAGCGGUUCUGCGCGGCCUUGCGCAAGUACUUCCUGCAGUGCCCCGCGCACUGGGACCACAUCUACAACACUACGUAGCUUUCAUUCUGAGGCCUAGUAACAUGAUAACUUGUUCGAUUCUGAGGUACCCUUAGAUUUUAAAGACAGAGCAUCGAGUGUCGAAAACGUGUCAAUAUUUAGUAGACAUCUAGCUGACUCAAUUUGACACAUUUUUUUUAAAUAGAACCAAUACAACAUGCGCCAUUUUUUUAGUGUUGCAAGUAAUUGCAUAAAAAUUUCCCCAGAUCAGUGUUGAUUUAUUAAAUUUAAUUGGAAACUAUUUUUUCUUAUAUAAAUAUAUGUAUAUAUACGUAUUGUUUACAAAUUAAUAAAUAUAUACCAAUGAAAAUGACGGCCAUUUUCAAUUACUUAAAAACGAAAAUAAUAUCUAUAUUUAUUAUAUUUGUAUAUAAAUCAAAGUAAUCGAUAAAAAUAUAUAAUAAUAUAUUCUUAAUAGUUCUGUAUCGUUUAUAAUUUUUAAUUUAAACCUAUAAUUUCUCCCAAAUACUGAGUAAUACAUGUAAAUAUACAUUAUGGUAACCCCAUUCACACACAUAUGGAUAAAAAAGUUGAUCUGUUUUUGGCGAAAUGUUUGUAUGGAGACACUAUCUAUAUAAUCUAAGGAGGUGCCAUUUCCUAAACUUAUGUCUAAAAUUUUACUUUUAUUUUUGAAUUUAGCAAAAUUAUUGUGGCAUGCAUCACCUAGAAUUAAAAGUAAAGCAAUUCAGACAUAAUUCUAUUAAAAAUUGACUUUGUACUGAUUCUUAGAGUUACUAUGAUUUCGCUGUAUUUAAUUUUUACUUUAAGAAAUCGAUUAUGGUAUCUCAGUAUGUAUUUCAAUUCAUGAAUAGAGCCACUAAAAUAGUCAAAAAAUGUGUUAAAAAAUCGGCUUUUGACUCAUUAAAGUGAUAAAUUAAAAUAUUUACAAAAUAAUUAUAAUUGCGACAUACGAAAGGUUCGUCUUUGUUUAAUCGGCGUUUAUUUACCUAAUUUUGUAUCGAUUUUAAUAAUUCUUUUUGCAAAUGAUAAGGUAAGGUCCCGUGUUGAUCCCAUAUUAAUUUUGUUUGGAUUGAAUUUAUAGUCUUUGUACAGCAAAAAUCCUGUAACAGGACUGUUUUCUAUUUUUCAUUGUCUUUGGCAAAUUAAAAAUGUAUUCACAAAUGCCUGUGUAGAAAUCUUCGAAUUAUAGUAUUGCUUGACAUCCCUCUAUGUAUACACAGAACUUAUUUUAAAUACACUAUCUAAAAAUUAACUAUACUCGUUCGCAGUACUCUAAAGAUAAAAAAAAAAACAUUUUUUUUUCUUAUUACUAGUUUUCUUUUCAAACCUCAAAGAUUUUUUGUUGUAUUUUCCACAGUAGUACUUUUAUUUUUUUAAUUACAAACUUUUAAUUAAAAAAAUAAAAGUAAAAAAAUAAAAUGAUUAUUAACUAUAAAGAAGUAAGUUAUUUAACUCGCCCUUUUUUAAAUGAAUAUUCUGAUUUUGUAUGUAAUUAAAAACAGUAUUUUAUAUUUUUUUUUUAAUAAGACCAAAGCUGUGGAAGUCAUCAUUACCAAAUAGAAUUGUUUUAGAGAAAAUAUAUUUUAAUUAUUACAUUGUUUGCACAUUCCUUGUAUGAUGUAA